GCUCGUUGAUUUAUCUAUAGCUACGCGUUUCUUUUUCAUAAGAAUAUAUACACACAUACAUAAACAUAUAUAUAUAUAUAUAAAGAAUGGUUACUCAAGUUGGUAUUAACGGUUUUGGUCGUAUUGGUCGUAUUGUUCUUCGUGCAUCUCUUAAGAAUCCUGAAGUUCAAGUUGUUGCCAUCAAUGAUCCCUUUAUUCCUUUAGACUAUAUGGUCUAUAUGUUCAAGUAUGAUACCGUCCAUGGUCGCUUUAAAGGUACAAUCGAAGCUAAGGAUGGUAAACUUGUUGUGAACGGUAAAGAAAUUUCUGUAUUCUCUGAGCGUGACCCUUCUCAAAUUCCCUGGGGUACUUCUAAGGCUGCCUAUGUUGUUGAAUCAACUGGUGUUUUUACUACAGUCGAAGCAGCUUCUAAACAUUUAAAUGGCGGUGCUAAAAAAGUAAUUAUCUCAGCUCCCUCUGCUGAUGCCCCCAUGUUUGUUUGUGGUGUUAAUCUUGAUGCUUACAAGUCCGAAUACAAGGUUAUUUCUAAUGCCUCCUGUACUACCAACUGUUUGGCUCCCUUAGCCAAGGUCAUUCAUGAUGAAUUUGGUAUCAAUGAAGGUUUAAUGACCACUAUUCAUGCCACCACAGCCACUCAAAAGACGGUAGAUGGUCCCUCUCAUAAAGAUUGGAGAGGAGGUCGUGCAGCUGCUGCCAACAUCAUUCCUUCCUCUACAGGUGCUGCUAAAGCUGUUGGUAAGGUUAUUCCUGAAUUAAAUGGUAAGCUUACUGGUAUGGCCUUCCGUGUACCUACCCCUGACGUCUCUGUUGUUGAUCUCACUGUCAAUCUUUCUAAGCCUGCUUCCUAUGAUGAUAUUAAAGCGGCUAUCAAGAAGGCCUCUGAAACUACCAUGAAGGAUAUCCUUGAAUAUACUGAAGAUGCCAUCGUAAGUUCUGAUUUUAUCGGUUGUGAAGCCUCUAGUGUCUUUGAUGCUACAGCUGGUAUACAAUUGACUCCUACAUUUGUCAAGUUGGUCUCUUGGUAUGAUAAUGAAGUUGGCUAUUCUCAUCGUGUAAUUGAUUUGUUAGCCCAUGCAGCCAAAGUUGAUGGUGCUUCUGCUUAAAUCUACCAGUUUAUUUAUGUAGCUUAUAUAUACAUAUUUAUAUAUCAAAUGAAUAAUUAUUCAAAAG